CUCAGGUUUCCUCGGCAGGCGCCGGGGCCGCUCCCGCCACCCGGCGGCGCUCCCGGGCCGCCCGCUCGGAGGGGCGGCGGCGCCGCGUCGUCAUCAGCCGGCGCCGAGAGGCCGGGAAGCGCCGCGGUUCCCGUCGUGGCCGGGGUACGCCUGGAGGGCUCGGCGGCCGUGGCUGGAGUUCCGCGUCCUCGUGAACAUGGACUCACAGAAGGAUGUUCAGCCUCCAAAGCAGCAGCCGAUGAUUUACAUUUGUGGAGAAUGUCAUACAGAAAAUGAAAUAAAGGCGAGAGAUCCUAUCAGAUGCCGGGAAUGCGGGUACAGAAUAAUGUACAAGAAAAGGACAAAGAGAUUGGUGGUUUUUGAUGCCCGGUGACGUGAGCUGAAGAUAUAUUGAUUUUAUGCUGCAUUUCAGUAUUUCUGACUUUGCUCUGUAAAUCUAUUGGUGUACAAAUGCAUAUUUUUGUUUUAAGAUAUUAAAAUAUUAAACUUCACUUAGUAUUUUUUGUUGGUACUACUACAGGUUUCUAAAGCUGUGACUUAAAUUUUAGAGUACGUAGAAGUGUGUUAAAUUCAUUGGUAUUGUAUUUGGUUUUAAGUUAAUCUUUUUUUCAUGACUCUCACCUAAACUUUAUUUGCAUCUUAGCUUUAUGAAAUGCUCUUUGGACUCCUUUGAAGUGCAUAAAAUCUUGGUUUGAAUAAAUCCCAGUGGAAAUAAAAUGAAUGAUACACAAAGUUAGGUCUGAAACACAGAUUUGGAUUUCAAAAGAGCGAGUAUCAAAAGACUUGAGAGCAUCCGGUGUAGUUUAAAGAUACCCUUGGUAAGGGUCCCAAAGCUAAAAUAAUACCGUUUGCUUUUCAGAUGACUUUUUGCAAGUCUGUAAUAAAAAGUGCUUGUUUUGUAUUCAUGAGCCAGAA